AUGACGUCUCUACCCAUUCAUGGAAAUGGCACCUCGAGCCCUGUGGACGGGUCGAGCGAAGCCAAGAAGCAUAUUCUGCUCAACGCGUUUGACAUGUCGACCGUGGGCCAUCUCUCGCCCGGUCAGUGGAAGAAUCCCAUCGACAAAUCCGCGAGCAAGCGAGACUUGCAAUACUGGAUAGAUCUGGCAAAGCUGCUGGAGCGUGGCGGCAUCAAUGCUCUCUUCCUGGCGGAUACCUACGGAGGGUAUGACACAUAUGAAGGCAGUCUGGAUAACUGUAUUCGCCGCGCCGCACAAUGGCCCAUGACAGACCCGACCAUCCCAAUUAGCGCCAUGGCUGCUGUUACGAAGAAUCUCUCUUUUGCCAUAACAGCGUCGACUUCGUUCGAACCACCUUUUCUCCUUGCAAAGAGGUUUUCGAGUCUCGAUCACUUCACACGCGGCCGAAUUGGGUGGAACAUUGUGACCAGCUGGAAGAAGAGCGCCUUCAAAGCCAUUGGCAUCGACAGCCCAACUCCCCAUGACGAGCGGUACGAGCAGGCAGAUGAAUAUCUGCGCGUCUUAUACAAGCUCUGGGAGGGUUCGUGGGCGGACGAUGCGAUUAACCCAGAUGCCGAAAACGACAGCUACGCCGAUCCCGACAAGAUCCGGACGAUUCACCAUCAUGGCAAGUUCUUCCACCUCGACACGAGGCACAUCGUGGACCCUUCACCGCAGAGGACGCCUUUUCUCUUCCAAGCGGGCACAUCUUCGGCAGGGUCCAAUUUUGCGGCCUCGCACGCCGAGGGCAUCUUUGUGUCCUCGCACUCGCCGGCGCUUCUGAAGCCCAAGGUGCAGGAGAUCCGACGACAGGCAGCCAGCCUCGGCCGCGACCCGCAGUCUGUCAAGUUCUUUGCAACGUUCACGCCGAUCGUGGGCCGCACGGACGAGGAGGCCCAAGAAAAGCUGGCCGAGCUCAAGAAGUACGCAUCCACCGUUGGCGGUCUCGUGCUCGUCAGCGGCUGGACGGGCAUCGACCUGUCCAAGAUUCCACUCGACCAAGAGGUGACGGCGGCCGACUCGCUCGAGGCCCACAAGGUGCGCAGUAUCCUGGACGCCUUCACGACGACAAGCGAGCAUGUGCCCAAGUGGACGCCUCGCGUCAUCGCAGAGAGGGCCGCCAUCGGUGGUCUCGGCCCCGUCUCGGUCGGAAGCCCGAAGAAAGUGGCCGAUGAGAUGGAGCACUGGAUUCGGGAGGGCGACCUCGACGGGUUCAACAUUGGCUAUGUCACAACGCCGGGGACGUUUGAGGACGUUGUCGAUCUGUUGGUGCCGGAGCUCCGCCGCAGGGGGCUCUACCCCGAGGCGCCGGCCGCGGACGAGCAGCUGACGGCGCGCGAGCGGGUGUACGGUAGGGGCCAGAAGGGGCUCAGGGAUGACCACCCUGGGUCGCGGUACAAGUACGACGUGUUCGAGGAGGACGGGCCGCCCGCCUAG